CCCUCCAUGGGCUGCCACCUUAUCAUGGUGGAGCGGUUUGAGAGUCCCAGUGAUCCUAGGAGUCUUCAGAGGCUUCAUGCCUCUAUUUGGGUCGGGUCUGCCGGAUCAAACGGGUCCUAGGAAGGAAUCAGCUGCAGGGAAGAUGGCUGAGAAGAAGAUGUCGCUGAGCCGCAGAAAUCAUCUCAAGAGUCUGCUGCUCCAGAUUGGCAAAGAAAUGCUGGAGGAGGAGGCCAGGCAGGCCGAGGAGGAGAAAAUGGCGUACAUCAGGGAGAACUGCCCCACCCUCUCCUUCCCACAAUGCACCCUGGAGCUUCAGGAGCUGUGUCGGCAACUUCACAAGCAGAUCGAUUUGGUGGAUGAGGAACGAUAUGACAUGGAGAUAAAAGUGAAGAAAUGCUGCAAAGAGAUCGAUGACCUGAAGAUGAAGGUCCAGGAUUUGAACGGCAGGUUUAAGAAGCCCACUCUGAGGAGGGUGAGGAUGUCGGCUGACGCCAUGUUGGCUGCUCUGCUGGGCUCCAAACAUAAAGUGUCCCUCGACCUGAGAGCCAACCUGAAGCAGGUGAAAAAGGAGCUGAAAGAUGAGGAGAAGCAGACAGGCGACUGGAGGAAGAAUAUCGAAGAUAAAGCUGGGAUGGAUGGUCGAAAGAAGAUGUUUGAGGCAGAGGCUUAAAUAAUAUUGACCUCUAUGUUUUUUAAAAAGGUAACUCAUUACAAUAAAG